AUGACAGAUGAAGAGAACACCUACGAUUUGCUACGUUUUGUAGCCCUUUCAACAAGUGUGCAUGCCGACGCGGUUCAAUGCGCGGUCGAUGAUUUGCAAAAGGUGGUUCACCAGAAGCACAGCGAAGAGGCGCUUUUGAAAGUCUACGAAAAGGAGCUCAACGAGUUAAGUGAGCAAAGUAAAAAGCUUCAUGUGAUGCAUCGCUUAGUAACCGUAUCCCGUGAGGAGCGUCAGAAAGGGAAACCGUUGCGAGCGGCGGGAUCGGAGGUCUCAUAUGGGGGGUCGGAUAAAAAACAUAUUCAGAGCACGAGACGCCCCAAAGGAGUGCAUCCGGAUACGCGAUGCCGCCCGAAACCACGCCUUGCUCGCCCGACAGGCGAGGUGACGCCUUUUAAACCGGGCGCCGACGAUUCCACACCGACCAUCCCGGCCGAAUCCGAAUCGAUCGCGCAAACCACGCUCGCCCUCGAUGCCCAACUUGCGCACCUCAAGCAACGGAUGGCGGAGCUCGACGCGAUGUCGAUUCACACCAAACUGACGACGUUGGAAUCGCUGAAGCGGCAGGCAAGCGAGGUCGACGCGGCAGCGAUCCUGCAACGCCACGUUUCCGCCUUUGAGUUUCCGCCAGAGGUAAGGCGUCUUUGGGGGGAAAAGGCGGCCGCGUCGUCGUUCCCCGCCGCCAAGCCGACGCGGCAGACCCCCUCGAUUCGAAAAAAGAACAACCUAGGCGAUUUCGCGCCCGAGGAUUCGAAUCCCGUGGUGAAUCUUCAUACGAUUGAUCCGUUAAUCGAUCGAGCAUGCCGUCGUUUGAAUGCGCGCUACCAACACAUCCUCGACGUCCUCGCGACGAGCGGGGAGACCCUUGAGGACGACGCCCAACGCCUGCUUGAGCAUCUUUUGUACGCCGAGAAGCUGGAAAGCCCCGAUAACGACGACGUCGCCGCCGUGCAAACGUUACAGGGGCUUCCACUCGAGGCUUUCACCGCGCACGAUGCGCGGGAGCGUUCACGUUUCUCCGCGGAAGCCCAGCUCGCGGAGCGUUGCCUUGGCAGACCUCAGACGGUGUUGUCAAGGUUAAGCUACUGCGCGCUGCCGAUGGCGUGGGAGACGACGCGGCGGCUCAGCGAGACGCCUUUGGAGUCCUUCCUUCCGCCCGCGCGGCAUAUCCUGACGCCUCGUUUUUCAUUCACGAACCUAUCGGAGCUGAAUCGGCUAGAUCGGCUUCGCGUGCAUGCCCAACGACUCUUCCUCAUCCCCCUUCUAGGGAACCGGCAGUUGGUGGAGGACAUGCUCCAUCACGAGGGAGGCGCCCUCCCGAUAGAGCUAAAGGAAAAGGCCAUUCUCGACGUACGCGCGGCCAUAGCCGACGCUAUGGCAUCCCAAGAAAAGCCACCCGCGUGGAUCACCACCGUUGCCAUUCAGCCCGAGCAGCUUGAGUGA